AUGGAUGUAGGACCGGAUGGUCCAGUUCCACCUCAGUCAUUCCCGAUCAACACGCAGUUCUCACCACCUGCAUUCCAAUCUGCUACAAAUCAGGCUCCACGAUUUGCUCCACGAGAAGCUCCACAGGAAGCUCCACGACCGCCUCCUCGUCUGACUCUUCCACGAGAUGUUCCACCACCAACAAUUGAAGAAGUACCUGAAUAUAAUGAACAAAACGUCCGAAAAGUACAAAUUAAACUGCUCCCAACGCCGCAAAAAGUACGGCUCCAACCUCUAAGUGGAUUAGCGAGAAGACUGGCAACUGACUACUUUUUGUACCGUGGGAAGCGAAAGAAGGAUGAGAAUGAGAACAUAAGCGAAAGACCGCAAGAUCACAUCGUUGGUAUUAGAGAUGGUCCCAAUGCGUCUGCGGAGCCGUUCCAUAUCAAAGUAAGACUUUUGCAAAACUUUACAGUUACAGCACCUCGAAAUACCAGUGUUUGUCCGAAAAGUGAAUGA